AUGUAUUUUGAUGGUGCUGCACAUCGCGGAGGAGCUGGUGCUGUUGUAGUAUUUAUCACUUCUCAAGGUGAAGUUCUACCCUACUCUUUUACGUUGAUGCAACUCUGCUCUAACAACGUUGUUGAGUAUCAAGCACCAAUACUUGGGCUUGAAAUGGCUGUACAAAUAAAGCGAUUGCAAUUGCAAGUCUUUGGUGACUCUCAGUUGGUGAUCAACCAGAUUUUAGGUAAUUACGAGGUUAAGAAACCUGAACUACGCCCAUAUCAUGAUUAUGCUAAAAAAUUAAUAGGUUGGGUUGGUGACGUGACUAUUCAACAUAUGCCAAGGAAAGAAAACAAGAAGACUGAUCCUUUAACUGCCCUAGCUUCAUCGUUAACCUUGCCUGACCAAGCGCAAGUUACUGUCUGCCAAAAAUGGGUAGUACCGCCACCAAAUGAGGUUGAAUGUGAAGGAAAUGAACUCAAGUAA